AUGUCUAAUUACAAUAUGAAUGAUAAAGAAAAUAAAGCACUACAUUUACGUGAUGUAGACAAGAAGCGAAAAGUGGCUGAAGAGGCUCAUAAGAUGUAUUUAGUACAUAAUCAAAAUAAGAAAAACAAUAAGCAGUGUAAAAUAGCUAAAAAGAUUCAUGAAGAACUUGAAGCGCAUUUGAUAGCUGAAUAG